AUGAUCUCGCUCCUCCUCACAGACAUGACUCCGCUGGUUGUCGACAACCAGCUCGAGCCGCCGGCAGUCGAUCCGGCAGUCGAGUCAGCCGCCGUCGACGCUCUCUUCUUUGACUCGGAUUCGGAGACGAUGGCAUUUUCGCCGCACGACCCCAUCGACAUUGCCUCUAUCUUGGUCUCGCCCGCCGCCUUUCCUGCCGCGUCUCCAGCCGGCAAGCACUCGGUGGCUUCGCACUUGCGAUCGCCAUCGGUUCUCCCACUGCUACCCACCACACCGUCUACCUCUGCUCACGAGCUCGGCCCCAUCGGGCCGGCGCUUUUCUCUCACUCUGAGCCCGUCGUACCGCCCGCGCCUCCCGCCGAAACGGCCUCCCCGCACAGCCUCGCGCCCAUUGCGCCGCCGACUGUCAUUGACUCUGCCAUUACUGUCGAUUCCGACUCGGACGCCGAGUCUGACGACGCUGCCAUAGCAGCCUUUGACUUUGCCCUCGAAUCGGAAAUCUCAUUCAUGGACGUCCUGGCCACAUCCGCCGAGCCCGUCGAGCCAGACGAGCCCCCGAAUGUCAUCACGCCCUUGCUGGUCGCUCUCGCCAUGAUCAUUCCCAACAUUCACAGAUACGGCACCAUGGCUAUCCGUGCCCACCCGCUGCGGGUCCUCGCCAUCUUUGCUGCAUGCCUUGGCCUCCCGUCGCUCGCCCUUGUUUUUCCGGCCCCGGUCGCCCUCCUCUUUGCGCUUGCCGCAAGCAUCUCAUUCAUCGCACUCUCGCCGGCGCCGCGGCUCUGCACCACCGUGGUCUCGGCUUGCCUCCUCUCACUCCUUGCCGCUUCAGUCACCGGCUUUAUUGUUCCUCUCAAUGGAGCUGAACGCAUCCUCAGCGCCUGCAUCGUCCUGCUUACCUGGCACACGCGACCGGCAUGGCCCGCCGCAGUCUGGCUUUCUCUGGCUGGCCAGGCCAUGGUCGCCCGCACCCCACUUGGCACCAACUACAUCACGCACUGGUUUUGCAGCCUGGUGGCCCUCGCCACAGUCCACGUCGCCACCGCGCCUGCGUCGCCGCCGGCUGCCGCGCAUCGCCGCGCUGUGCCGCCUGCCCAAUGA